AUUUCUGGGUGGGGAUGUGCCGCUGGGACCCUGGAACCCUUAACCUAUACCAGACCUAGUUCAGCUGAAUUUUGCUACCCUAUACCAGAGUAAACUCCCCAAAUCCCCCUAUCCUAGAGUAGCUGUUUCCCUUGUCCAGAUAAAAUCUUCAACGAACUGAUCAGUUUCCUGAAAAAUGAUCCCCUAUUCUAGACCCAAACGCUCUGAUUUAUAUACCCUAUCCUAGAGUAAACUACCUGAAAACCAUACCAUUCACAGCGGCACAUACCUAUAUAGCCCAUAUAUGGCAGUACCCCCCCCCGGGCGUUUUUGUCAUGUCAGCGCUGACAAUUGGUUCAUUAGUCUCGUUGAAGUUCCUGUUUGGGCUUGCUAACCAGCGUUUUAGUUUUUCAUCGGUUUUGUAGCUUUUUACUGAUCACAACUAUGUAGGUUCAGAAAUACCAAAACAUUACCCACACCGAGUUCACCUUGUUUUUUAUUCCCACCGUCAGCUAACUCAAGCAUGUCCAGCUUUGGUCAGCUAUUUGACUUAGUUAAGAGCAAGGAUUGAGUAGAGAAGAAGAGUAAGAAGAUUAAGAUUGUUAGCGGGCGUCAAAGAAGAUAAUAAAUAAAGACCAAGAUGUUAAUCAGAUUCCUAGUACCUCAUCGUGUAGCGAGCGAGUUGAUUGAAUGAAUGUUGUGUCGGUUAAUUGCGGGGGGCUUAAGUGCUAGGCAGUACUGUAGUUAAUACGGUAUUGAACGUGGUCACUUGCAAAGUACACUAUAUUGUCGAGACUAAGACGAAAUAAUUAAGGAAUUGUGCAUUAUCAAAUGUGAGCCUCCACAGGAAUUUGAUGCUAAAGGUGAAAGCGCUCGUACGACACGCUUGCACGACACGCUUAGCGUGCCGUAGAUCACGGAUAUGCGCAUAUUAAAUUGAAAAAACAAAGACGGACACACUUGCCUUUGUUUUGGCAAAUUUAACACGCUAGACGUUCUGUUUUUUUGUAGCGUGCCAUAUGUCACGGUAAGUGUGCGAAUUAUAGCACGGUUAGCGUGCAAUUAGGGUAAGACACGCUGAACACGCUUGAUUACUAAAACCGCUAAGAUAAUAAAAAUGGCUUGGGUUUUCAGCCGAUUUAAUCAGCAUUGAUAACUGGUCGAAGUGAAUCAAAUAUACCAAUUGAGACUGUUUUGGAAUUUGAUAGUAACCGUGGCCAUUUGAAAAUCAGGACUUAAUGGUCUUCUAGCCUGGAAUUAACGCGAGAUCAGUGUAAACCAAUUCCUCCCGCUGUCGGCUGUUGACCGGAAUCGCAAAGAGGCCUGCUAUCGCAUGCGAGGCACUGAAGUUAUGUCGCCUGAAAAUUAUAGUUAUGCCACCGGAAUAUUUAUUAGCAGUUAUGCACAGAGAAAUGAAGUUGAAUAAAUUAGUUUAAUAUAUUUCUUUAAGCCAUGCUGAGACGAACAAAGGUAAUUAAAUCGGAGAAACAAAAACUGCCUAGAAUUUUCUAUAGGUUGAGGAAGACUAAACAUUUCUAGAUGACCGUUCCAUGCAUGUACAAUUUUCGAAGGUUAUCUAAUAAAUUCCUUACGAUUUUCUGAAGUUUAAUUUUUCCAUUUCAUUCCCCAGUUAAGUUAUUUUUCGUAGAGAAUUAAGGAAUCCUAAAAUUUUCGGAACCGAAAAUACGAUAAAAUUCUCACUUUCCUAAAAAUUUUAAUUGGAAGCUAAAUUUUUCGGGAAAAUAAUGCUGAAGCCCUUGUAAUUUCGAAGCGCUAUCAAUCAUAAUUUAUGUGAAGAUAUCUCGUUACGCUAUGCUAAGACGAAUCAAGCGCUGUAAACGUGUACUAUAUCUCGUUCUUCACAGGACGAAAGAAAACAAGAAUCUGUAACCCUUACCAAAUCCAACACUGUUUUGAAUGUAUUUUUAAGCUAUUUUUGAAAACUGUUUUUAACCUGUUUUGUGAAAUAGGUUUUAAAUAGGGUAAAAAGUGUAUUUUUAAUGUAUUUUUCGACUGCUUUUAAAGGUGUUUUAACCUGUUUAAAACGCUAUUAAAAAAGAAUUUUUAAAGUAUUUUAAAAUGCUUUUAAAAUAUAUAAAAAAUUCCAGGGCUUUUGCAAGGCUCAAAACAGGUCAAAAACAGUUUUUAAAUACCUUAUAAAUCGGAAUAAAAACAGGAUACAAACAGUUUCAAAAACAUAUUUUAAUUUACUAUACUAUUUUAAAACUAUUUUUAAUGUCAAUUUUAAACGUAUUUUGAAAAAAAACAGGUUUAAAAUAGGUACAAAAAUAUAUUUUUGAUAUAUUUUUCGACUGAUUUUAAAGGUGUUUUAACCUGUUUAAAACGCUAUUAAAAUGUUAUGCUUCAAAAUAUAUUUUAAUAGCUGUUUAAUCGGUUUCGAAAUUUAGUAAAAUACUCGUAUUUGCAAAUACAAUAAAAAUACUUUGAAAACAGUAUUAAAAUACCACAGAAGAAGAAAAGCAAUAGCACACAUAUAUUAUGAAUUAAAUACAUCAAAAAUAGGAUGCAAAAAUGCAAAAACAGUAUAAAAUUGUAAGAACAUAGCCUUAGAGUUGUCUGAAAACAGUAUAAAAAUCGGUCGAAAGAGCAUAAAAAUAGUACAAAAACAGGAUGGAAAUACCAUUUAAAUUCAUGAAAUAAAAUGAAUACAAAACCGUCGAAAAUUACCCUGAAAAAAAGCAAGAUUUACGUCGGCGAAAUUUCUCCACACAGUCCUAGGCUAGGACUUCAAGAGAAUUAUCUCUUAGCCGAUUACUUUACGUUGAUUUCCCUAAGAAUUCUCGGGAAAUUCUUAUGGAAUUUUUCAGAAAUGCUCAAAUCAAUCUCUAGCCUGUGUACAGACCCCUUCCCUCAAUAAAACUCGGAGGGGAGGGGUGGGGGGUAUGUACACAGGCUAUCAACCUUUGGCUUCAAAAGGGUAUAACGUUACUGACGUUACCGGUAAAUAUUAAUCUACAUGCAUGUAACUUACAUUGUUUAUUAUAUUCACGGCUUUACUCAAAUAUCAUCAGAAGCUUAAUGCAGGCUACGCCUGAACAUUAAUUAGUGGCUGAUAAAGAACAGCAUACGAAUAAAUUUACGCGAGAAUGAAAGAGGCCGGUGACGUGACAUCAAGUGACUGAGAUCAUUUAUACAAAACAGCGAGUCUCUGCAAGGAAUCCUGUAAAAAGUAAAAUUGCCAUACGGGCGCGACUAUAUAAAUGUUUACUACCCUUCAUUUGUUUCUCAUAUGGCGUAUAUCUAAGCGUCUUAGUAACAUUGUAUAUUUAAUACUUACAAUUAGACUGUUGGACUCUUCUCCUGAACCAGAACCUUUCAAAGUACAUAACAGUCGCUGAGGAGUUAUAACCAUUUUUGAUUCGUGAUAAAAGCAACAUCUACGUGUUCCGACAAUCCGCAGAGUUGGAGUGUACUUUUGUAAGAUCGUAACAAACAGUAAAAUCAAGCGCAUUUAAGCUCACAGCAACCGCCCGGGAGCAACCGCCGGUUCAAUAAUUUGAAAUGAGCAAAGGACAAAGGACGGUUUGCUUAUCACGUGCAUUUGUCACAUCACCGCGGCGCGAAGUCGUGAUUUCAGUCGCGCGUGACAUCUCAAAAAUAAUAUGCCAUGCAUGUGCGGAAUAGUCUAUGAGAGAAAGAUAACCAUAUGUCGGAGUUUAUUCAGAUGUGAGCGUUGUUUCUUAGUGCAAUAUAUACGAGGUGAGAUCUUAGCUUGGAUAUAGUUUGUUUUAAUUAUUAUGAAAUUUCUAGGACUUAUUUUAGACAAAUCUCAAUUGACCGCGUGCAUCCGGUUCUCGGCCCGCGGCUUCGGCUGUUUGCGAAAAAUUUCUACAUGAAAAUUAAAAUGUGAUUUUAAGAAUUUUCUUUUAAAAAAACUUAUGGAAUGUCCCGUAGCUGCAUUAAUUGAAUCACGGCUAAAAUCUAGGCGGAGAUUUUCGCAGAGAGCUUGCAGGUAAUGAACAUUGAGGAACGCGGAUUGAUCCUUUAUCGGCACACUGUCACAGUUACGUGUUGUCAGUCAAAGCUAAAAUCUAUUCCUAAAUUUCUUCUCUUUUUUCAAUUUCUUUUUGAUUUGCUGGGAGAUUUAAUUUUUGGCUCCGCCUCGAGCUUUAUUGAGAGAAGAAUCCGGUCCACAAUAUGACAGCUUGUUUUGAGUCAUUUAUGAACUCGUGACACGAUGAAUCCUUAAAAAUUAACUUUGUGCAAUUGUUACUUUUAUAGUCUGAGUAUAAGUAUCCCAAAAUACAUUACAAUAUUGCACCUCAAUAAUAAUAAGUAAUAAGUACCCUAUUUUAAAGUAUUUAAAAUAAGGUCAGCAUUUGAUGUCUUUCAGCAGACUUUGAAUAUUUUAUGUACAAUCUGUUUUUAUAGUCAGAGUGUUGUGUGCCCAAAAUACAAUUCAAAUAGACCUCAAAACAGUGUUUAAGUACUCUAUUUAAAAGUAUUUGAAAUGCGGUCAGUAGUUAAGGACUUAAAACAUAUUUCAAAUAGUCUAUUUGAACUCUGUUUGUAACUUUGUGAGUGGAUGCGUCUCAAAAUACAUUUUCGAUACAACUCAAAACAGUGUUAAAGUACCCUAUUUAAAAGUAUUUAAGAUACGGUCAGCAUUUAGGCUCUCAAAACAUAUUUUAAAUAGUCUAUUUGAAUUAUGUUUGUAACUUUGUGAGUGGAUGCGCCUCAAAAUACAUUGUAGAUGCAACUCAAAACAGUGUUAAAGCACCCUAUUUAAAAGUAUUUAAAAAACAGUUGCAUUUAAGCCCUUAAAACAUAUUUCAAAUAGUCUAUUUGAACUCUGUUUGUAACAGUGUUAGUGGUUCUAUGCCCAAAAUACAUUUGAAAUACCCUAUUUUAAUCAUAUUUAUUAAACAAAAUACAUUGUAAAUUGAUGAGAGAGGUUUUCCUUUUGAUGAAAUAUAAUUUAACUACACUUAAGAUAUAUUCCAAACAGGGGCGAAAAUUUAAAUUUUUUUGUCAAAUAGGAUUAAAAUACAGGAAAAUAGUAUUCAAAUACUGAAAAUACAUUUUAAACACUUUAAAAUCAGUUUCAAAAUACAUAUGGUUUGGUAAGGGAAACUAAAAACACUGUAGAAUGAGGAAGGAUUGCGUGCGACUUUUCUUUGAAUUUUGGGCGACAAAACUCAUAUUAUCAGGUUUUGGACGACAUAAUUUCAAACGACAUCACUUUCGAGUAGCUUGACCGUCACCCCUUUAGAUCGAGCUCGAUGAAUUAAUUCAAUGACCGAACUUUAUGGAACAAAUGAUUACCUUCAAGAAUUUCACGCGGACUACUUUUAAUUUGGUUCUUUUUCUCUUUUCUCAGUGUGUGACUGACAGAGAUUUAAUUCUCGGAUCGAGCUUUAGUACUCUAAACACACCGUAUUAUCGUGGCAAAAACAAAGAAUCAAACAAAAAAGCACCAUACAAUUUCGGAAUUCUGUUAAAAAAUACACUUUUUACUUACUAUUCAAAAAGCGUUGAAACAGUCAUUAAUUAACUGAUGUUUCCUUUUUUGUGUUAUUGUCGGCCGGAUCAAUUAAGCAACGUUGGAAACGUUUUGGAAUUUUGGUACAUCUAGAAAAGCAGGCUGGUUUUCAGUUGAUCACUACGAUCCUUGCAAUCGCUAAAAAAUAGAUACAAUUUAGUGAUCCUGGCACUUGAUGAUUUCUAUUAUAUUUGAUCGGCAAGAAAGUCUUAAGUUCGAAAGAUCACUGUUUCUGAGAAAAUUGCAAAUGUGUUUUAAAUUAAGGAAAGUUAAGAUAACCUUUGCACAGCUUCGUCAGUAAACAUUUCUGGAAAGAACUUUGAUUUUGCAAUGCUAAUAUAGUUCUACCCAUAAAUCCAGUAGGUCACACCGUUCACUGUUUAUACUUUUCAAGCGACAACGUUUUUUCAAUCAGAUACUGUCGCUGCGAUCGCUGAGGUAUAACUUUUUCUUUCUCGAUAAUUACCAAAAAAGGGUGACGUUCAUAAUCAUUUACGGUUCCUUUUUGUAGAGGAAAUUUAUUUAGCUCAUAGAUAACACGCCUUGCGUGCUUUUGCGCACACUGAAAGCGUGUAGUGCUUUUUCGCACCGAGUUUUUGUUUGAAAACUUUAACACGCUCUUUUGUUCGACUUGCUCACGCUUAAUUGUCUUAAGCGUGUCCUCUGAAACAAAAGAAAUUGCUAAUGAGGCAAGAUUGCAAGCGUGCUAAAGCGUGUUAAAAUAAAUUCUUUUGUUUUAAAGUGAAAGCGUGUCGUGCGCGUGCUUUCACCUUUAGCAUUAAAAUCCUGUGGAGGGUCACAAAUGCACUCUCAUCGUCACAUAUGUCAUUUUUCAGUAUGUCAACACAACUGGAGCUCGAGUGUGUUUAAAGGAGUUGUACAAGUCAAAGUACGACCCUCUCUCUGUAUCAUAUACUGUCUUGUCAGGUAAGAACGGUUUAAUGGCAUUCUUUUUUUUAGCAACACAUAGGUUUUACUGAUUACUCACAACUAAUUCAUCAUGAAUGCAUAUAGAGAUAACUUAUAUAGGAGGGUCAUUUCAUUAAUAGAGAAAGGCGAUCAUUUUAAAUAUUACCUCCUUGGAAGUCGUUCAAUGUUUUUGGUACUGAUUAUUCCAUUUAAUCAGUAGAUACUGCUCUCAAUUUGGCGUCGUCAGUUUUAUUUUCCUCUUUUCCUCCUGCUAAGCGUAUCGGCCCCACAAGCAGUUGGAAUGAUGUUUGUGAAGCUGCCUCGUCCCAGUCGCUCGCGUUGCUUGCCUGCAUUUCUUGCGCUUCUCGAUUGUUCUGUUCUCCCUACUAAGCCUUGGGAAAGCCUGUGGAGAAGGCACUCUUUAAGGGACCAAUUGUGUGGAGAUUUCUAAACUGCACAGUCGUUUUAUAUCUUUAUCACAGAUAUUUGCCAGCCAAGAUGGAGUUUUUUUGGUGGCUACUGUUACUUCACAAGUCGUGCAUGCGCCUCGUGGCUGACCGCUGAAUCAAACUGUUCUACAAUGAGUUCCAAUUUGGUAACGGUUCACAAUCAAGAAGAAAAUGUCUACAUUCAACACCGUCACAACGGAGAGAGAUCUUGGAUUGGACUCAAUGAUCGAAGUGUGGAAGGCUCCUUUGUAUGGACAAACAAAGAAAUAAGCAAAUUUAGGUUCUGGGCCCCACAGCAACCGAACGACUGGAAAAAUGAAGACUGUGUUCACACUCUUGGCGCCAAGCAUGGUUACACUUGGAAUGAUGUGCCAUGUACUAACUGUUACAACUACACUUGUUUUAAAGGUAAUAAGCGUAGAACUAUGAAGAUUUAUAACUAUAUAUCCUAAUCUCCAUGUUCCAGAUAGUGAAUCUACUGAGUUAAAACUACAUUCAAAAAGGUCGAAACACAAUAACAGCAUGUUAGGCAGAUGGUUAGAUAGAUUGCAUGAAAAGGAAGAGAGAGUAACACCGAUCAGUUUCAUUGUUAGAAACAUAGGGAAACAAGUCGUAUACAUUUGCAUUAAAAAAAAUGUCCUUUGACCAAAAAAUGGCCGCAAAAGCCAGAAAUCGGCGUAAUCAAAAGAAGAACGAGAAAGCGUUCAUACGUUGGAACCACGGGAAUGGUCGCGCUAACUCCCGCUUACUUUUUAACCCGGUUUUCCAAACACCUCUUUGCAAAUUAUUAACGAACAUAAGCACAUACGUUAACCAUUAACUGAAAAAAGUCAUAUUGUUUGACAAGAAGCCUCUGUGUGCUUACUUUUUAGACUUGGAUGAAUGUACUACUGGUUCCCAUUCCUGUGACGUUAAUUCCGUUUGCCAGAAUACCGUGGGUUCAUACACAUGCUCGUGUAAUGCUGGGUACACAGGAGAUGGAAAACCUUGCAAUGGUAUUUGAGAUAUAGUUGAUCCUCCUUGUGCGACCAUCUCUUCUAAGCGACCCAUAAGUCGACAUAGAGCUACACAUAUCGUAACUUUGAAAUUGCACACAAUGAAUUGUUUUUCAAAGAGACGACCUACUCUAAUCUAAAGGUUCUUAAACAAGACGAUGAAACCAUUGAAGGUGCAAUGUUUGUGUGCAAAAGCUCAACUGCACAACACUGUCAUGUCAUUUUGGAAAAAAGCCUAAAAUCAUAUUUGUUGUAACAUGCAAACAACAAACAAACAAGAACCAAAAAAAUGAAUACAUCCGCCUUAGCUACGAGAUGUAAACCAUCAGGUAGAUUUAAUAUUUGUUAUUCUAACGCUUUACGUAACUUACAAUUCUCAUGCAGAUAUCGACGAGUGUUCUACCAACUCUCACAGCUGUGACGUUAAUGCGGUUUGUAGCAAUACUGUUGGAUCGUACGCAUGCGCAUGUAAAGCAGGAUUCACGGGCGAUGGAAAAACAUGCUCUGGUAAGCUGUUGUGGUGUUGUAAAACACGCCUCCAAAACGAUGUGCGUGCCUGUAUUUUCUAUACUCGAUCUUUACAUUUAAACAUGUAGAAAACGAUGGACAUAUAACCUCAAUAGUUCGAAAUAAUAAUUAAAGCGAAACUAGAAAUACGUAUCUCGCAAAAUUUCACUAAACUCGUUCUUGCACAGUUGUCAAGCCCAGCCGGUUAGAAACUGACCUGGGACUCUUCUCUGUCUUUUUUUUUUGUUUCAUUAUCCUAUUUGAUUUUCAAAUACGUAUUUUAAAGCAUAUUUAGCACUAUUUCGGCUUAACCUCAAAACAAAGAUAGAUUUCAGGGAAGUUUAAAGGUUUUUUUUUCUCUAAAACCCAAACUGAAACGCACGUCCGACAAACAUAUCCUGCGGGCUAAAGCAAACUUGUCUGCGCGAGUGAGACGCACUGACAAAUGUUCAUUUUAUCCGUCAAUUAUCGCUGUUAUUUUGAAGCUGAUGGUCCAAUUUGCUUCAAAGUUCUCUUUAAAAUACUUCUCCUAUCUGAAUUUAUCGCGAAAACCAUUUUUUGAUCGCCAAAACGCUCCAUGUAGCGGCACAAAAUUAUAAACCCAGACAACGCGAGGACUUCGGCCGCCCUUCGCGCGGGGCAAAUCAAAGCGACCAACUGAACAAACUUUGCUGUUGUAUUUAAUAAAAAUUGGCAUUGAAUCGUUAUGCAUUUAAUUUUCAGAAAGGAAAUUUACUCCCUCUAAUACUCCCUCUUAUUAUAGCUAUUCUGCUAUAAGGGCUAAGAAAAAGUCACAAAUAUAAACCUUCUUGAGACUUCCUCGCCUUCUGAGGUUCUUUUUUUUCGAAUUGUGUCUAUUACGUGUAAUUUAAUGUCCUCCCCGUUCGUUUAUAUGUAAAAAAAAGGCAAAAAAUAAAUAAAUAAAUAAAUAGAAAAUAAAGUAACGAUUACCUAUUGUAGUUAAGCAGGAUUUUAAUGAAAAUAAGAGCUAAUCACCUUACUGAUCAAGAGUUUGCUGCAUCACUAAACUUGAAAGCUUCCUCACUUUUUUCGCCAGAUAUCGACGAGUGUUCUACCAACUCUCACAGCUGUGACGUUAAUGCGGUGUGUAGCAAUAAUGUGGGAUCUUACGCAUGCUCAUGUAAAGCAGGAUACACAGGCAAUGGAAACACCUGCACUGGUGAGCCGAUUGAGUUUAAUUUCGUUUGUAUGAUAUGUUUGUUUUAAGAUUGAAUGCAACGACAACAACGCAAGAAUCUUUUGUGCUCCUUUCGUCUUUUACAGUUUAAGUUUUGGUUUUGCAGGAAUUUAGAUUAAUUUUACCAUUGACUGUAUGUAGUAAACAAAUAGAUGAAAAGCGGAGCCAAGCAGCCAGUUUAUAUCAUCGGUUAAUAAGUGCAACGAUGGUUAUUGUUCAAACUUGCGAUCAUUUUUUAUGCCUAAAAGUCAAUUGGUUAGAUACCCUAACCGUGAAACAAUGGGAAAUAAUGAUAAACAAAUGAAUGAUGUGUUAUUGUUUCUGCGACCAAUGAGGAAACACCUUACGAGGAGCUCUAUAUCAUUGCUGUUUUUUUUAAUCGCGCUUAAGAUAAUUCAUUCCGUUUUCUCUUAGCAAUGAAAACCGUUUUGAUUAUACAUUUUGGUAUUAUUCGUUUUGUAGAUAUUGACGAGUGCGCCAGCGGUACUCACAACUGCCACAGUUCACUUGCUUCAUGUACAAACACAGUGGGAUCCUUUAGUUGUUCAUGUAACAGUCCUUCCAGCGGAGAUGGCAGAACUUGCAAUCUACCAUCAGGUAAUCAACUCGCCGAAUAUUAGGAAGAUGUCCAUUGACUAGACCUCUAAUAUGCCGGCAGUCUAGCGAUUAACGGACCAUGAUUCUUAUAGACAUCACUUAUCUGACGGCGGGAGCUUUGAGAUAAUGGCAGUUUCUUGGUGUUGCGGAGAGGAAAACUUAGUAAACAUUUCCCACAACAGAAAAAAAAAAGCGAACUAACGUUAAUUAGCUUCUGCAACACCAAGAAACAAUGCACCCAAGAUAACAUAUACUAGAGAGUUCAGUAUACUCCAUUGGAAAGUGUAAGAAAACGAAUUUUAGUCGCGACCCGAGCAAGUAAGAGAAACUGAAACGUUGCGACAAGGACCCCAUUAGCUGCCAUAAACUGAUCAGAUGGACUCAGAUCAGUGGCCAACUUAAAACCUUCAGCAUCAUCAAUGCGUUCUUGGUCCAAUUUUUUACAAGAGAGAAAGAAGCUUCACUAUAAGAAACAUAUGAAAAUGGAGCGUGGUAAAUCCGUUGCACAAGGCGAAUAGUACGGGGGUGCUACAUACGUGAAAGGUUUAACUAGCAGAAAUCACUUUGUCAUUAGACCCUUCUCACUAAAAUGGUUUAAGUAGAAGCAUGGGAGUAGUAGGGCUUCAGCAAAAUUUACCUCGUUGGUGCGUUCCCUUUGCGUUCCGUGUGUGUUCCCUCGCAAAAAGUGGGUUUCCUUUAUUAAUAUGCAUAACGGUCGAGUCAAUGACGUCAUCUAUUGUGAUAACCUAGGGAAAAAAUGGGUUCCUCCAUACUAAUUAAGUGCCUAGUCAGUGUCUUCCUGCAUACUAAUUCGGUAUAGGUUUACUAAUGAGCGUCACUCUACUACAAUAGGAACAAUAGGCUUGCCUAGACUUGCCCGGGCUCUUUUAACCCUGAUUGGAUAGUAAACAAUCUAUUAUGUGUUUAACAUAAAAGCGCGCUUUCCCUUCAGUAUUUCCUUCUCGCAAUCGCUUUACUAAGGAAAAAGUCUUACUAUCACCAAUAUUUUUUAAAACAUUGCUCCAAACAUGCAAGUCAAAUCGAGCUGUAAACUUGUCUGACUAUUACAGAACUGUUUUCUCCCAUCUAUCUCUCGUCUCAACGUUUCACGCACAGUUAAUGAGGUAAUUAUGCGAGUCCACAAGCCCAAAGUUGAAUACAAAUUAGCUCUACAGGAAAAACCUCAAGGGAGCAAAUUGACGUAUUAUUAUAAAACAGAUAACUUAACAAGGAUCAAUUAAAACACGCGACUCAUAAUUGCUAGCAAUAAAACCACAAGAGAGAUGCCGUUUUGAAAACUUUAUUAAAAGUCAAUAACAAAAAGAGUCAAAUACACAGUGAUUUGAAAGGAAAAGGAAUGAAAAUUAAUCCUUUGACUGACUAUUACAAAUCAGUUUUUUUUUUUCCGUUCUAUUUCCAGGAAUAAUAAACAAUCCUUCGGUGUCUACACAAUUUUCCUAUUGCCUCGAAGCCAAGAGUUCGACUUUCUUUGUUUCUUGCGCUUUGUCUUGUUCUUUGUAGCCGGUCUUUUAGCUUUUGCUUCAAAAGAGGAUUCAUUUCUCUGUGAUCUUGACAGUUCACAGUACACCGUUUCUUGUGUCUGUACUGGCUGACUACCGGCAUAGGGAACGUCGUUACAUCCGGUACUAGGAGUGUCCUAAUACUCAUUUCGUACCUAAGUGACUAAACCAGCCUUCAACAAAUGUUUGAGCUUCUCACUCUUCUCACUGGUUCAAUAAUUGUUGAAUAUAUGAACUGUUGAUUGCUAAAUAAGGUUAUCUCAAUAUAAGCUUCAAUAGAAGACGAACACUUUGAACUUGUCUCCGCCAUGUUAAGGCGAGGAAUAAAAAAAUCAUUAUAUCGAUCACAAUAUGUGCACUAUUCAGUUUUAAUCAGGCGAGUUUAUUUCCUUAAUUUUGCCGAUUAACUGCUAAUGCGGUUAACUUACAGUCGAGAGCUAACUGUUACCUAACAACAACUUUAUGUUGAACAGAGGAAGAGUUAAGUUAGUAGUCUUAUUUAUUUGUCGAUAGGGUAAAAAUAUCUUUUUUGUCGACUGGAGAUAUAAACUGCAUGCAUUCGGAGAUAGACCCAAAGCAAGAGACAGACAGUGUUCCACUAAAUCCUAAUUCGCUAGUAUCUUUUCCCUUUUUUUGGUAUAUUGUGUCUUAUAUUUUGUUUUUAUUCAUUCACGGUGACCUUUGAAAGAAAUUCAGUUUGCUGCAUCCGCUUUCCUUUACCUUACAGUGUAUUUUGUUUCGCUCUUUUUUUCCUUUUUUCUUAUUCAUUAAUUCUGUGCAAAUUUGUUUUACGACAUUUUACCCAGAACGCCAAACAAAGUUAAACACGACUUCAAUCAGUAAUAUAUUCGCACAGUGCGCAACAUUACAUUGGGGGGAGCUUAAGCAUUGAAGACCGCCAUAGUAAUAAAUUUAGAUUAGCAACUUUGCACGUUUAUCAUGCUUUACUGAAUAAGGUGAAACUUCCUUGACAAAAUUAUCAAUAUUUACUAGGCGUAUCGUCCAAUGGUCUUUAUGAAUUUAAACACUUGGGGCGGGGAGGGAGGGGGAUUAAUUCGGUCUGAGGGAAAAUACGAGUUAGAAUGGCUGAAACAAUUUAAUGCAGAUAAGGAUGAACGUUUUAUAUAAAUAGUAAUGCAAAUGAACUGUUAUGUAAUACGGUCAUCCUAAUUUGCAGCAAAAUGAAAAGUCAAAACGUACUUGAACAAAAACAAUCGAAGUAAAAAAAAAAUCACCCUAAAACAAACAACAACAAGAACUUUUGCCCGAAAAAAAAAACCUUAUUCAUAAAAAAAAAAAAAAAAAAAAAAAAAAAAAAAAAAGUUUUUUAAGUGAGAAACACCAGGUCAAUCCAAUUUCACUACUGAUAUCGGGCCAAGGAGAAGCUGGUGAAGCCGGAGACACAAACAGUUCUUACAUGUACCCGUCACUGACCGGUUUACGAUUCUGCAAAACUUAUGAAUUCCCAUUAUGUCGCGUCGCGUCGUAGUUAGAUGGAGCGACACUCUCUUUGAACGUUUUUCCCUCUUGUACGAUUCAGAAUAACUGUCACUGCAAAUUUAUUUAAUUUGGAUAGCCGUUUUGCGAAGGCACGUAGACGCUUAAGGCCUGUUUACAUGGAAGUAGGGGUCCCUAGGUUUAAGUGAGGUGACCCGCUUAGGUAGGGUAACCCGCCUGUCUUUAUUACAAUCUCUCAUAUGGUCACUCCUGCCUAUCAUGUAAACUUGAUCAAAUUAAAAUGAGAGAUUAUAUGAACAGGCGGGUUACCAACUACACGUGAACAGGUCUCUAAACUGUGUACUUGAGGUUGUACAAUGUAUUUGCAUAAUUAUAUCUGACCAACCUUUGUUAUUUUGGCUGCUUGUGUGUUCCUAUUUUAUUGCUGCUUUUUUAAUUGUUUUUUUUUUUUUCAGUAAAAAAGAGAAAGCGGUUAUUUAGCAAAAUCCUAUUGAAAUGAAAUAUUUAGUAACAGUAAUAGUUUAUCAGGCUACCCCAUAAAAUGGCUUUUCAGCCAACUUUGCAAUUGCAAUUUGAUAAUUAAAAGCAUAAUUAUCUACUUUACAAUAUGUGAAAUUUAUUGGAAAAAAACUGAAAUAAGGAAAUGACGCCUCUUCAGUUCAGCCUUACCAUCAAUCCUCUAUUAAGCCCCCCUCUCUAUUAAGCCCCCGCUCAAAAGUGCUUGAAAAAAAUAAGCCCCCGAGGGGCUCAAUAGAGGAUUUACGGUAAGCUGCUUGACAUUCUCUUUAUUACCUAAAGAUUCUGCAAAGUCAUUCCAGAAGCGGACUGCUCAUGGCAGCUGACCGGCAGAGAAUCUAAAGGAAGGCAUGUCUGACUUGUUUCUGUUUCCGAUAUUACGAGAGUGCGCAUCGACCAUUUUCUUAAACCUGUUACAGAUAAGGGGCUGGGCAAGUCUCUUAACAUGUGUUAAAUAAGCUCGAAUUUUUUUUAAGGCUUAUCAAAGAAAGCAAGGCACACGUUUUAUCACUGGUUAGAAAAUCGAAUGUUAAGCCAGCGAUAAAACACUGCUGUUCAUAUUUUAAACAUUACUAAACACAGAACGCUUUCAGACUAGAAAACGAUUGUUUUUCCUUUUCCUACAUUGAGAUACAUUACCGUAGAAUUAAACACCAAAAACCAUUCACCAACAUUUGACAAUCAAUUUGAACGAAAUGGAAUAAGAGUGAUAAAAAUUAAUUUGAAACAGCGUGAAUACACUUUUUUGUGGCGUUUUUGCUCCAAGCUUACAUGGAAAUUAAAGAGACUGUGACUGAUAAUGAGAUCGGGUAUACCAAAUAUGGAGAAUACGGACUCUACGCCUCCGACUUAGUUUAAUAAACUCUGGAGUAGCUAAACUGUAACGUCACUGAAAUUCGCAGUAGACUGCGAUUUUGAAACCGCACCAUUUGAAGAGAGAGCAUCAUGCCGCUAGCACGCAAGCUCAGAAAGAAAAAAAUUUAUAGGCGUUUGUUUUUUCCGCUUUUCAGUCUGAUCAUUAUGAUAACAAACUUUAUGUGACCCUUGUGCGAGCUUUGUUUUAUAAAGGGUAGAUCUCCAGGAAGUCUAGUUCGCUUCUUUCUGUUAUUUGCUCUAUGAGAUCCCUUGACGUACACGGAUCCGUGCAGAAGAAGAAAAUUAAAUUGUUUGAAAUUGCAGGCAAUGAAAAAAUCAAACAGGAAUAGUUCAUACUUCCGUUUGAGUUCAUGGGCAUCCUCACUUAAGGGAUUUUGAAACUCGAUCUUGCUGCCAAUGUUCCAAGUCAACCUUAUAGCACAAGGCCACUCAGUAAGAAUUGUUUUUUUUGUUUUACAGUUACAAAGGUAAAAAGUAAAAGUAUUUUAUUACCGACACCACGACGCGCGAGAUUUGUGAGUUUCCUUAGAUAGCCACAUUUUCAUAAACUAACUGAGUUAUUCCUCACGCGCUGAUUGGCUAAUUUCUAUCAAUACGAAGAGGACAGACAUAAAAUUUUAAUUUCUGCAAGACGGAACACCCGCUUAAUACGGGCACCCGUAUAUAACGGACAGUUUCUAAAAUUUACCCUUUAAUACGGACACCGAUUCAUACGGACACAAUGGACACUUUUCUGUGUCCUGAGGCACAAACUCUGUCAACCAUGCUAUUUACGGGCACUGGCUAUCUGCGUACCGUCUAUUUUUCUUGUCACAAUCACGUGCUAUUUGUAGAUAUUUCACACUGUCCAAACAAUGACAGAUUUCUGGGUUUAAGUAGCAGAAUAGUUUGAUAUGUUUGAUUUUAAGUCAGUCUUUCUUUCCGUGUACUAUAUAGCCAUUUAAUAAUUACUACUCAAGUUUCACUUCCUUGGCUUUUCGGCGCAGUCAUUGUUCCUACCCUUCUUCCUCUUUGUCUGCCAUAGUCUUUAUAUCAAUACAAGAUGUUUCCGGGACGUUUUUACGGAGAGCCCACUUAAUACGGCCAUCCGCAUGAUACGGACACCAUGGCAUGUGCCCUAAUGUGUCCGUAUUAACCGGGUUCUACUGUUAGUAGUUUCUUUUUGAAAGGCAAAAUGUUUUUUACUGAUCCUUUUUCCAAACUUUUGUUAAAGUAAAGAGCAAAUUGACGCCAUGUCCGCAGCAACAUUGUCAAACUUUCUAGUAGAUUCACUCGCCUGGGGCUCGUGCUCGUGGAUCUACAACACUUUGACAAUGUCAUGCUGCGAUGUUAUGAUCAAUGUGGUAAAAGGGUAAAAAAACGAUGAAAGAAAAAAAAGAAUGGAAGUAGACACGUACGCCGGGAUUGGAACCCAGUUGCACCCCAACUUCCUCCAGCGAAAAAGUGCGGCCUCUGACCACUGGGACAUGAGACCAUUGCACCGAUAAGUCACCAAAAUUAAUACUGUUAUUAUUAAUAGUGUCAAUCAGCCUAUAAGCGGGACCAUAGUACAGAGACGGCUCUUAUUAGAGUCCACAAUGACAUAGCCAUGGCAAUAGAUCAACAUAAUUCAGUUAUCCUAGUACUUCUCGAUCUUUCUGCUGCAUUUGAUACUGUUGAUCAUGGUAUCCUCCUCUCGCGACUGUCCAAUCGCUUUAGAAUUACUGGAACUGUAUUGGAAUGGUUUCGAUCAUAUCUUUCUGAUCGUAAACAGUUUGUGCAGGUUAAUGGUGCGUGCACUGCUUCUCAUGUUCUUGAGUUUGGUGUACCGCAGGGAUCCGUUCUUGGCCCGUUGUUAUAUUCAAUGUACACAUCCCCUCUUGGCGAGAUUGCUCGACGUCAUCAAAUGUUCUAUCACUUUUAUGCUGAUGACACUCAGCUAUAUAUUACGUUCAGGACGUCGUCUGUUUCUGAUAUGAAUCUGAGUAAAGCCAAAUUGAAAAACUGUGUUCGGGACAUGGUCGCAUGGAUGCUUUCCAACAAGCUGAAAUUAAAUAGAGACAAGUCCGAAGUUCUCGUAAUAUCCUCUUCCUAUCGACCUCGGCCACCACUAUCUUCUGUUGAUAUAUGUAAUGAGACUGUAUCCUGCUCCCCCAGUGCACGCAAUAUUGGAGUUAUCUUUGAUCAGUGCCUUUGUAUGGUACCUCAUGUCAAUGCAGUCUGUCAAUCGUCCUUUUUCCAUCUUCGUAACUUUGGUUUCAUACGCAAAUAUCUUACUUAUGAUGCUGCAAAGAUCAUUAUUCAUGCCUUCGUAGUUUCUAAACUUGAUUAUUGUAAUUCUUUAUUGUACGGCCUACCAUCCUUUCUUAUUCGGAACCUUCAACAUGUUCAAAAUUCUGCCGCUUGCCUUGUCAACCGGUGUCCAAGACUUUGCCAUAUUACUCCAGUCCCGAGGGAUCUUCACUGCCUCCCUGUCUCCUUUCGUAUUGAAUUUUAAAUUAUGUUAAUUACUUACAAAGUACUACAUGAUCGAGCUCCAAUCUAUAUACAGGAACUCCUUCAAUUGUAUACACCAAGCCGCAAUCUUAGAUCCUCUAAUAGAAAUUUAUUAGUUAAACCCUAUUUUAAUCUCAAUUCGUAUGGUAAACGAGCUUUUUCUGUUGCUGCUCCGGAACUUUGGAAUAACUUACCUGAGGAUAUUUAAUCUGCAAACUCAAUUGAUGAUUUUAAUUAAACGCAAACUUAAAACAUUUCUUUUUAUGCGAGCUUAUGAAUCGUGAUGUUUUUGUUUGUUAUAUGAUUUUUUAUCUAUUGUGUACAUUUAUCUAUUUUGCAGUUAGCGUCUAGUUUUAAUGUCAAUUUCUCGUGAUUAUUUUUACUUUUUAGUUUUAUCUAAUUUUUGUAAACAGCGCCUUUGAAUCUUGUAGAAAAGGCGCUAUAUAAAUGGAUUAUUAUUUUUUUUCUCUGCCAUUCACACUGUUUGAACCUUAUGGAGCUGUAUUUAUCAUGAAUUCAAAGAUACAUUUGAGGAAAAAUAACUCAAACGAGUAUUUCAAUACCAUUUUGCAUUAUUUCCGUGUUUAUUGACUCUCGGGCUUUAAAUAGGCCGCUCGAUUAAAGGAGUGGUCUUCUUCUUCGCUGCUCUCGCUGAAGUUCAGGUCACCGUUCUUUCGGUAUUAAACCUUCCACGGCAAGGACUUCCACUUGUCCAAUUGGGCACUGUUGUGUUUGCAGCCCGCUGUUAUUUGCCUCAGAAAUACUUUGCGAUUCGCCAGCGUACAAUAAACAGAGGAUGAAUAAAAAGUCGCUGGCCGUGUUGCCUGGAAACCCAAAAUGCACGAUGACGUGCAAUUGGCGUCUUUAUUAUUGUUUAUGGCUUGUUGCUAGGCAAUUGCGGAUACCAAACCGAUAGAAAGAUUUAUGACCAAAGCGAAAUCGCAGCUCGCUUGCGAUCCUCGCGUAAUCCACACGCUGCGCGCGAAAUCGCAGCUCGCUUGCGAUCCUCGCGUAAUCCACACGCUGCGCGCGCGCGUGACAAAAUUAUACACUCGCUUCGCGAGAAUUAUUAUUUAACCUACUAUUUCCCUACUUCAUCGUAUGUAGCAGAGAUCACUCAUCCAUUUCCAAUGGCAGACCGAGGCAGCUAAAGAAUGCCUACAGAUAUAUUUGUCUCCCUAAGUUCCCAUGUUAUUGCUUAACCUCGGUCUGUGUAUCUACCAGUGUGUGAAAGCCAGUAACCAAUCCUCAAUUACUCGUAUGUAAACAAUUAUCGCCACAGUGGGGCUGGUGCUGGGGAUCUUACAGGACGUGAAAAUUACCCACUUUGAGCCUGUUUAUGUACAGUAGAUAAAACUUUUGGAAACAAAAAAUUACAAAAAAUAUCAAAAUAUUCAAUGAUUUUCUUACUUUUUAAAAGUUAAAUCAUUAUUUUUUUUAUAUAUCAGAAUGUCAGAAUUAUGGAAGCCUUAACAGUUAUACCAGAAAGAUGACGCACACUACAAACAGCUAUUAUUGUGACAGUGGAAUAGGACCUGGUUGGUUUCGUUUCGAGGGGUCAGCCGGCACAAGAAUGCCAACUUCAUGUCCACCUACCAGAAGGUGUAACACUGCUGCAACCGGCUGGAUGAAUGGUGCACACCCCACAGUAGGAGACGGUCAGGUCACCAGGACGGUGUGUUUUCAUUAUUAUGGCAACUGCUGUUACUGGUCAACAAACAUCAAAGUGAGAAAUUGUGGUUCAUAUUAUGUGUACUAUCUUAGUGGCACACCUAGUGGUCAUUGCCAUCUCCGUUAUUGUGGUACUAACUGA